UUGACGAGGGCCGCCCAGCCAUGUUGAGGAGUCUGUCAAGCAAACUGCAGCCCGCCAUUGUGUAGAAACCAGGCUCUGUAGGGAGAUAAGAGUGCUUGGCUGAAACUCCUUCAUAUAGCCGGACAAAUUGUACACCCCGCCGCUGUAAAUUAGGAGAGAGUACAGUUACACAGGCCGUGGGGGGAAAGACAUGUCAGCCAGCAGCCUCCUUGAACAGAGACCGAAAGGCCAAGCUAAUAAAGUGCAAAACGGAGCUGUGACCCAAAAGGAUACUUUGAAUGACGACGAGUUUGAGCCUUACCUGAAUACUCAGGCCAGACAGAGCAAUGCCUAUACGGCCAUGUCAGACUCGUACAUGCCCAGCUACUACAGCCCCUCCAUCGGCUUCUCCUACUCCGUAAACGAGGCCGCCUGGUCCACCGGCGGGGACCCUCCUAUGCCUUACCUGGCCUCCUACGGACAGCUGAGCAAUGGCGAACCCCACUACCUCCCCGACGCCAUGUUUGGCCAGCCGGGCCCCCUGGGCAGCAACCCGUUCCUGGGCCAGCACGGCUUCAACUUUUUCCCAAGCGGCAUCGACUUCUCGGCGUGGGGCAACAGCAGCUCUCAGGGACAGUCGGGGACGCCGCAGAGCUCUGGCUACAGCAGCAGCUACGCCUACGCCCCCAGCUCGCUCGGGGGCGCCAUGAUUGACGGACAGUCUCCGUUCGCACCCGCUGCCAACGAGCCGCUCAACAAGGCGCCGGGCAUGAACAGCCUGGACCAGGGCAUGGCCGGCCUUAAAAUCGGCGGCGCCGCCCCUGGUGGGAACGGAGAAAUGGCGCCGAAGGUGGUCGGCUCCGGGCUGCCCGGCGGCGGGCCCCUGGGCCCCGUGUCUUCCGUCGGACCCCCCAGCAUGCCCCCUGUCUCCAUCGCCCCGGCCAAGCCAGCCUCCUGGGCCGACAUCGCCAGCAAGCCCGCCAAGCCUCAGCCCAAGCUGAAAGUGAAGGGCGGCAUGGCGGGCGCCAACCUGCCUCCUCCCCCCAUCAAACACAACAUGGACAUUGGCACCUGGGACAACAAGGGCCCCCUGCCCAAAGCCGCCGCCCCUCAGCAGGUGCCCCCCAUCCCCAGCAACGGCCAGCCGCCUAACCAGGCGUCCCCGCAGCCCGGAGCCACAGCUGCGGGGACCCCACAGAUGCCUCUGAGCAACGGACAGCUGGUUCCACCCGUCUCCCAGCUGGGGCCGCAUCACCUCCCCCCCUCCGGACAGCCGGGUAUGGCCCAGAUACCCCAGCCCCUCUCCCAGGGCCCUCCGCCGCCGAGCCAGCAGCAGCAGCAGCCGCCGCCGCCUUCUCAGCCCGCUCGCUGGGUCCCCCCGCGGAACCGGGCCAACGGGUUCGGAGACGCCAGCGGGAACGGGACGGGCCAGUCGCCCCCCUCCUCCACGAGCGUCGGCGCGGUUCCCGGCGUCCCCUCGGAGCCGCACCCCGUCCUGGAGAAGCUGCGCAUGGUCAACAACUACAACCCCAAGGACUUUGACUGGAACCUGAAGGCGGGCCGCGUGUUCAUCAUCAAGAGCUACUCGGAGGACGACAUCCACCGCUCCAUCAAGUACAACAUCUGGUGCAGCACGGAGCACGGCAACAAGCGGCUGGACGCCGCCUACCGCUCGCUGGCCGGCAAGGGCCCGCUCUACCUCCUGUUCAGCGUCAACGGGAGCGGCCACUUCUGCGGUGUGGCGGAGAUGCGCUCACCGGUGGACUACAACACGUCUGCUGGCGUGUGGUCGCAGGACAAGUGGAAGGGCCGCUUCGACGUGCGCUGGAUCUUUGUUAAAGACGUUCCCAACAGCCAGCUGAGGCACAUUCGGCUGGAGAACAACGAGAACAAGCCGGUGACCAACUCUCGGGACACACAGGAGGUACCGCUGGACAAGGCCAGGCAGGUGUUAAAGAUCAUCGCCGGGUACAAACACACCACCUCCAUCUUCGAUGACUUUUCUCACUACGAGAAGCGCCAGGAGGAGGAGGAGUGUGUGAAAAAGGUGGAGGUCCAAGGCAGCGAGCCAUAUCCCAGCAACCCAAGCAACAGGAGUCAUUACAGGCUUCAGGAGCGUCAAGGACGAGUCAAGUAGCAGUUGGUGCUUUGGUCAAAAGACUGCGAUGCCCCCCUCUCCUCCUAAAGCCCUGCCUACCCCAAUACAUUAUUACAUUCAGAUCUCUAAGAAAUUCUAAUAGGGGUGAAGAUUUAACAAAGGACAAAAGGAAAAAAAAAAAAAAACUAAAUGAAGACUUUGAUUUUCUUUUGACUUUAAAGACUUACUUGGAACUCGUAGUAAAAAGGAAACGAUUAUUCAUAGGACUACAACUAAAUGCAUAGCAUCCUUAGCUGAAAUCUUUUUUUUUUUUUUUCUCCCUACCCCAUUCCACUACAUAUGCUUUUUCCUUGUACGCUGCUUUUUUCCUUUCUUUUUUCUUUCUUUCUUUUUUUUUUUUUAAAUGAAAGGAAAGGAUCGGCAUCUGUUUUUAUGGUCCAAGACUGAGUCUGUAAUUCUCACACAAACCUUAAUGAUCAAAAAAAAAUAAUCCAAUAGAAAGAUUUAGCGUCCCAAAGUAAGCGGAAAGAUCCACAGAUUGGAAUCCACCCGACGCCCGCCUGCCUGCAAGUGAUGCUCGGACCGUCGACGGAGAACCGUGGAUUUCUUUCACCGAAGGCCGGUGCCAACUUUCUCACCUCGGAGUUUCUGUUUGUACAUGCUCGCCGUGUUUUUUUCUUUUUUUUGUUUUUGUUUUGUUUGUUUAGGAGGACGUCGGUUAAAAAAAGAAGAAAAAAGACCUCUGUGUUUUCACGUGUUGGCGUGUGAAGGGGAGGUGGGUUCAGGAGGAUCCAGACAGGAACAGUAAGGAAACGGGGUUAAAUGUUUAAAUUCAGAGAAAAUGUUAAGUUGAUGAGCUUCUGCUCACUGUAUAAUUUUAUGGAAGAAGAAAAAAAAAUGGGGCCGUCUGUUAACAGUCUUCAUUGGACUUUAUUUACGCCUUUUUUCUUUCUCUUGAACAAGUUGAGUCAUUGUUGCUAUGGGCUGCUUUUUUUUUUUUUUUUUUCCUUCCGUUUUCUUAUGACUGAUGCGAGUGGCCUUGCCCCCACUCUUUCUAUUAAUCAGUUCAAAAGUAAUAAAUGUGGUAUAUUCAGCAGAGUUGUGUGCAUUCCUUAUGUUCGACCUUGAAAGUGGCUUCUUUAUUCAGCUCGUUUUUACAUGGUUAUUGUUUUUUUUGUUUGUUUUUUUCUGCUUGCUUAUGAUCAGCCUGCAACUAAUGGAGGCUCUGCUUUAACCCUGCUAUGCCUUUCUUACUGUUUAACUUUUCCGUAUCACCUUGUCCUCCACACUCCCUGAUUCUUUUUUUUUUUUUUUUUCUGCUCAGCCAGACAUUCAUAAUAAAUCACCGUUGAUUGAAGCCGUGUUCGGUGUCAUUGUCAGUUUAAGGGGGGAAAAAGAGGAAACUUUAAGAACUAUUGGCUUUUAUUUGUGGCAUAAUAAAGAUGCUCUACAAAGUCA